AUGGAGAAACAGAGCUCGAAAUCCUCUACCAUCACCAUCCCAGUCGGCAAGUCUACGAAGUCCAAACCGGCCAAAGUUUACACCGGCGAGAAAUUAGUUGUCCGUCAAUCGGGCUUGAGUCUUUCUACUGAAGAUGAAGAGUUGAACAGAAAUGGAAAGGAUGAUGGCGAUGAGGACGACGAAGAUGAAACUCUAAAAUUGGAAAAGUUUGAUCUAGAAGAUGAUGUUCGCAGCUUUGAUAUCGGUCCGGAAGAAUGUAAUGUGAUGGUGAAACAGUGGAAGAAAGAUUUUGGAAAAAUGGAAGGGCGCCACGUUCAAACAGACGCCGAAAAAUGUUCACCGAAUGUUGCCAAACCGCCAAAAAACCAAGAGUUGCACGUUCAAACGGUUGCACACGGUCGCAAUCUACGGAAGCAACAGUUUCGGCAACAGUCGCAGCAGCAAAUGUAUCAAUUCUGCGAGGUGAAAUGCGUGAAGAGUCAUUCUGUUGUCGGGUUAGUUUGUGGAGGGAAUAAUUUCACGAAAAAUUUUAGUCAUUUUCGAAAGCGAAGUAUCGUACGUAAUUUUGUGCCAUACAAAAAAUGUUUCGGUGAUGACUUCAUCAUCUUACCUCAGAAGCAGAAGACACAAACUCUUCAAAAAAAUCGCAACCAACCGAAAUCGCUGCAGACAGUACGCCAACGACUUCAAGAGAGAGCAAGUGGGUGGAGUAGCGAAAAUAUUUCAGAAAAAUUGCGAAAACAACAAAAAGUCGAACAGCCAGAACGUGUUAAACCAUCGCCGACUGACAUUUUAAAGAUGAAGCAGCACAUUGAAAAGAAGUUAAUGAUGCAGGAGAAGAUUCAGGAGAGUUUACAGGAACGAAUGGAGCAACAACUUCACGAACAGAAACAACAACAGAUGAAAUUGCAAAAGGAAUUGAACGCCCUCGUCAGCAGAGCAUUGUACGUCGGAUACCUGAAACAUCACGACCAACAUGAACAACAACCACAACAACAACAACAGCAACAUCAAUUGCAAAAGCAACUGCAUCAAUUGCAACUGCAACUACAACAACAACAAAAUACUGAUUUUGAAAACAGCAACGACCACCAGUUGAAACAAACAAGACAAGGCAAAAUUUAUUCUCCUAUAGCCAAGCAAGAAGAGAAAGCGAUGAACAAUACAAAUUUAUCCCGACAAGAAAUCAAAACUGAAAGUGAUUUGUACCAAAGCAGUUGUCAGCUAUCAACCAAACAUGCCAAGCAACAGCAACAACAGCAGCAGCAGGCAGAUAAACAAGCUGGGAAAACGUUAAACUUGUCGCAAAAUCAACAAUUCAACAACCACCACAAAAAAAAUAAAAUGUCGUCCCCGCGUAACGAGCGAGUAAAAAAUGAAGAGCUAGAGCUAGACACGGCAAGAAGCUGGCAAAACAUUUCACAAAAACAACACCAUCACAACUACCCAAACACUGAUUUGGAAUCUCGAGAAAUAUUAAUCCCAUCUGAAGAAACGUCAAGUUUAAAAAUUUCUCAGCAACAAUCGUCGGAAAGAAAUCCCGUUCGAUCGCAACAGCAGCUGGAAAACCAUUUACACCACCAGCAGGAUCAGCAGCAGUUGCAGCAACAACUGCAACCACAAAAUUCAUCGCAGACAACUGUAUCGCAACAAACACAAAAUAACGUUUCUUCAUAUUCAUUAGUUUCUCAGUCCGCCGUGAGAUCGCCCCAAUUAGCUUCGCAACUCUCAAUAUCGAACUCCAACAGCCAUACGUCUAGUUUAAACAAAGGUAAGUCUAUACCAAAAGUUUUUUUACCAACGAAAUCAUCACAUAACUCCAGAUCCUCACCUUCGAUGUCCAGUCGUUCUGUCAGCAAACAUCAUCCGCAAUCUUCAAAAAAACUGGAAAUCUCACCAACGAAAUCGCAAAAUUAUUCGCUGAAACCACAAAACUCAACAAAAUCUUCGCAGCAGCAGCAAGAAGCACCGAAACGACAAUCAAAAUUGCGGUCACUGUUUUCAUUUAAAAGUUCAAAAAGCAAGCAACAACCAGACGCUAAUUGCCUUCAACUUCCAGAUCAACAACAUCAACGUCAGCAAUCGCAACAGAGAUCUCAUCGGCAUCAACAAGACCAAUAUAUAUCUUCACAACAACAGCAACACUCAAAGCAAAGAAAACAAGGACAACGUGUUGAAACAUCGACAAAAGUUUUUCAAAAUGUUGUCGAAUAUUCUCCUUCGUCGACCAGUCAUGAAAACAAACUCAAAUCAGAUUUUGACAGCUGUCGGAUGAACGCUCCUCGCAAAGAACACCACCAGCAUCACCAUCACCACAUCCAUCAUCAUCGCAGACGGCAGAACAGGCGACAACAACUUCAAGCAGAACAUGAGUUUGAAGAACCGUCGUGUGAUCGGGACGUGGCAGAACCUCUGGCUGAUUACGUGGACUCAAUGGAGUGCCCUGAGGCCGCUACAUACGACGAGCCCGACUCGCAACCGUACGAAGCUGCCAACACCAUCACACCAACACUCUCCGUUUCAAACUUCAACAACGAGAAGGAACCGCCCCUUUGCCAUCCCAACAUCGAAGAUGUGACGGUUGAGAAAUUUUUAAAUAUCUACAAAGAUUUUUUGAGCAAACAGUUGGAACUGAAUCAAAAAAAUUUAGCAAAUAAGGAUAAAUCAAACAAUGAAUGCAAGAAUAUCGACUUUUUGCGCAGCCUCUACGGUGCUUUGAAGAUUGUUAAAAGUGAGAAGGACAUAUCAGAACUGGAAUGUUUGAUGCGUAAGUUAACUUUUUGUUGUCCGUCGCCAUUCAAAUGUUCUAAAGGAGAGUACAUGGCUGCCGGGCACAUCUUCGAUGACAUCUGUAGGCCAAAUCGUGACGAUGGGCCCGUUUUUUGUGGCUACGUAGCCAGACCUUGUGGUCGCUUCAGAAUGCUGGAUGGGUCGAACUGCAAAGCGAGGCUUUCAAAAUCAGUCAAUCUCAAUUUUCCUGUUAUUAAUAAAAGGGAAAAGUUCAACGCAUCGUCUCCACGUCUAACGAAAAACAGAAAAAACGCUCAAGUUAAGCCGUGCAAUUCCGAAUAUUCGAGUGUGGCUCGUACAAAAAAUAUUUCGAAGCAUCAGAACAUCAGAGAUCGCAACUGCGCCACAGAUGAAUGGGCUACGCACAAAAGUUUUUUAAAUUAUUAUUUGAACCGUAAGAAAUGUUGGAAUGUAAGUCGACACAAAAACACCAUCAGCAAAAUCGUAAACAAGUCUAAUUAUUUUAAGAUACCGAAGCCAGGGUCGCCGCGGCAGAUCUUAAAAUGUAACGCAUCAACGAAGAUCUUCAGUGAUUCAAGUAGGAUGGCAAAUGAAGAAAGUAGCAGCAGAUGCUACAACCCGAUUGUCAACAGUACCGCGUCUGCUUUGAAUGCUGCUGAAAUGAUGGCACGAUGUAACUACCAAGUCAACGAACUCCUACCGAACUACGACUACAUUGACGUCUCAAAAAUUCCCGUUUCCAACGAAAUCAAACCAGCUACUCCAAAGAGCGAUCACAGUCUGAAAUAUAGCUUCCAUAAAUAUACUAAAAACUUUGAAAGGAACGAUGUCGAUUUGAAAAAAUGCUCCUCGGUCAUUAUAGAAUUGACGCCUAAAAAAGAGAUUUAUUCUAGAGAAAAAAAUUGCUUAGAUAGAAACAUUCCACUACUUGAUUACGUACCAAAAGAGCCACAAAUUUUCAACCAGUAUCCAUUUUUUAACGACAUUGGAAACGGCGAAAAGACUCGGACGGUUACCAAUUUUUACGAUUGCCAGCAAGCACACAACUACUGCCCAUCUUACUACGAACUGAGCAAUGAGGCCAGCAACUGCGGUACAUUGGUGCCUUGCGGAACUCGCAGUUCCAAAAUGAAUUGUCAAAGUAAUAACCAGAGAUUUAGUCCGCAGAACUGUGCAGCUCAACAAAUGAAUUCCUACGAUGUUGUUUACCGGCCAAAUACGAGAUGCAAAAAUUUAACAUUUUCAGAGCUUCAAGAUAGAACAAAGUUGGAAAAUGAAAGGCAGCAGCAUUUAUAUCAGCAAGAUUUGUUGCUGAAACAGCAACACGAAUUAACCUUACUGCAACUUGCCAUUCAGGAACAUCUAAAAGAGGACUACCGGCAAAUUCAAGAGCAAACCGUGUGCAAUCCUCCUUCCUUAGUUAACAAUUUAUCGAGAGAAUGUCAAUCAGGGAACAUGUUUCAGAACGAAAGAGUCAUCAAAUCAAACAGCCCUCUACAACAACUUCAACAACCACAACAUUGCCAAAACAGUAUGAAUGCUUACUCUUGCAGUCCUCGCCAGCAUUUUUGUCCAGUGCAAUCUCCUAUACGUCCACAGGCAUGUCAUCAGUACGCAUCACCGGCUUUUUCGCAAUUUAAUUCACAGCAAAAUCUCCAAAUAUCUGAUAUGGCUGGUAGAAAUAGUCCUUUCAAACGUAGAAAAACCCCAAUGACGUGCGAUCAGGUUGUAGGAGGCGAUAAUUGUCAAUCGAAACCUCCUUCACCACCCAGCAACCCACCCGACUGUCUUUCCCAAAAUCCAAAAAACUUCAACUGCAAAUUAACGCCAACGGUAUACAGCCUACCUCUGAAACCGGCCCUAAAUCCGGACGACGAAAAUGGUGGAAGUAUGAGCUCCAAAAAAUAUUCCUACGAAGGUGAUUCGAGAAGUGUUUUAGGAUUUCCCAGAAACAAUAAGAAAGGAUCUGAAAAUGAUGAUGGAAAUAAUUCUUCUUGCGACGCUGAAUAUAGCCAUCAAAAAUUGAAAAAACAGGUUGAAAAAACAACGAUGCAAUUUUUACGAGACUUGGGAAAACUUCCGAAAUUUCCUAACUGCGUUUCUCCGAGGUGCGAAUUUGCACCAGUGGGCGAUCGCAGUUGUCGCUCCACGAAACCUGGAAUCCCCUGCCUAACGGGUCUACUUGAGGAACGCUCAAGUUGCGAGAAAAAACUAAAAAUUCCCAAACUGAAACAAAGGUUUCCACAACAUGUAAUUGCUCCCAAACAAAGUAAAUGCACGUGCCUACAAAGUGUCAAAAGAAGACCCUACAACUACCCAUUUUACAAGCAAAUAAAUCCCAGAACAGUUUUUUUGGAACCUCUAUCGGUAAGCGAAGACCCGUACGUUCAGCAGUUAGAAAAAGUGAUAGCCUGUGAUAAUGAGAUGCACCCGGCAGAGAAAGAUUACUGCAUCCGGCAAAAGGAUGCUCGUAUUAAAAAGUUGCAGGGUAACAUGAAGAACGAACGUUUGAUUGAACAGCUGAGAGCCAAUGUGAAAAGCAGAUCUCAGUGGCGUCAAGAGUCUGCUAAUGUGACUGGCUGUAAUAAUAAUUCCGACAGCCUGAAGAACCUGUGUGGACAACUGCAAAGCGACAACAUUGAUCCAAGCGAACUGCAAAUAUUCAAAAAUAAUAAUGUGAAGGGCAUCCAAGAAGAGAGGAUACAGAGGCUUAUAUCCGGCACUUCCUCCGCUAAAAGAAGUCCAAAACACAAAAGCAACAAAAGCCCAAAUAAAGAAUGGCACAACAAAUUAAAUUCCCCGAGCCCUACCAACAGCAGAAACGAAAUUCUAACACCCGAAACCCACCUAGGAAAUUUUGUUUCUCAGACAAACGCCAAGUACAGCAAGCAGUUGAAAAUGCAUACGAUAAUCAAUCAACACUCAGAAAAGCAGCACUCUAAUGACAAAUCUUUAACUGCACACGAUUCGACGAAUGAUGAAAUGUUUGGAUCGUCAGUUUCAAUGCGUCUGAAGAGGAACCAACUAUUCACAUCCUGCAAGUACACACCCAAACACGCCAUCAACAUUAAAUCCGCCAUGAGACUCAACAGACAGAUGAAAAAACUGGAUACAGUACGUAUAAGCCCGAAAUCCCACCGUAAAGAACAGUGCUCCUGGUGGACGAACCACGGAUUAAGCGACGGCAUCUAUGACAUAGUUUACAGCAAUAUUGGCGGUAACGGAGACUCGCAAAAUCCGGAUUUUGUAAGGCGGAGUGCCGACGAAAUGAGUGGGACGCACUAA